UUGUAAUUGUUGUUUGUUGUUUGUUUAGUUGACGUAGAAGUUGAUAUAGUGUAAAUCCAGGGUGACAUUAGUAUUAUUACCUCAAACAUUAGUUCAUCUUUUUGUGCAACUAAUUCUUUAUAAAUUGCAAAAAGGUCUCGUUGUAUUUAUUUUUCAUUAACCAACCAAAAGGCACAAUACAUAAAAGACAAAAAGACCGCCAAAGUGUCAGUUUGGUUGGACAAGUGCGUUACACUUACAGCUUACAUUUUCUUAUUUUGUUCUCCGAUAACAUGAUUUGAUCUGUCAUUUUAAUGCAUCUAGCAAAAUGUCCUUGGUAUUUUUACCAAGUGACUCGUUUAAAGGAAAUACGUGAUUUCUAAAGAUGGACGCUUCUUCGUUAUCAACACCUCGACCAACACCCCAUUUCUUCAAAGAUGUGGAUACAUUUUCCACAAAAAAGCAAAGAGGAACACCGCGAGACUCGGCACCACCCCGGCCACCUGUAAAGAGUGCUCCUCCUGUCAGUAGAAUUUUCCCACAUCGGCCAAUACAGAGAGCUCAAGUGGUGUCUUUCAGGAGCUCGGAAAACUCCUUUUUGAGCAAGCGAUACAAUGAGCAAAGUCGAGACCUGUACUUCAAUCAGUGUUUUGAGGUGAUCAGUAAACUUGGAGCAGGAUCAUUCGGCGAGGUUUUCAAAGUUCGCAGCCGGGAAGAUGGCCAGCUAUAUGCAGUUAAAAAAUCACAGGAAAGAUUUCGUGGAGAGUCGGACAGGAGACGUAAACUGGAAGAAGUGGCAAAGAAUGAAAUUUUACCUCGUCAUCCAAAUUGUGUGCGGCUGUAUAAAGCAUGGGAGGAACGACAACACCUUUAUAUUCAAACUGAACUAUGCCAGUCAUGUUUGUGUGACCUGGCGUAUAGUUACCAUGAUUUCUCUGAAUCGACUCUGUGGAACUAUCUGGUGGAUUUGUUAAUGGCCGUGAAGCACCUUCAUGACCAUAAUCUGGUACACAUGGACAUCAAGCCCGACAACAUCUUCGUGUCUAUCGAUGGGGUCUGUAAACUUGGAGAUUUCGGUCUUGUGUUGGACUUGUCGAAGUCCAGUGAUCUGUCUGAAGCCCAGGAAGGAGAUCCGAAAUACCUUGCUCCAGAGUUGAUGCAAGGAAAGUUUGGCAAACCGGCCGAUAUAUUCAGUUUGGGGAUGACUAUUUUGGAACUGGCCAGUGACCUUGACCUGCCGCGCGGUGGCGAAGGGUGGCACAUCCUCCGUAGGGGUCAAAUACCAGAGGAAUUUCUCAGAAAAAAGUCAUUUGACUUAAAGUACGUAAUUCAGCAAAUGAUGGACCCAGACCCAAGAAGCCGACCGACUGUCGACCAGCUGAUGGCGUUUCCGUGUGUGCGCAAAGUCUGGAAACGAAGAGUGCGUGAAUACAUGAUCAAGAAUGCUAUAUCUCAGGUCCGAUCAACGUUAUGGUCUAUAGUGCACUUUAUCACCCUCAUCUUGGCUGUAUUCCUGUAUCCGGUGACGUGCUGGAAAAGACGAAGUGUUUCUCGCAUGUGUCUGCCUAGCGACACCAGUCACUCCACAACCUCCGGGGAUCACAGUAUUUCUGAUGAUGAUUGCUUUGACGAUGAUGUCAGUAUCACAAAUAAUUCUGUUGGAGUUCCACUGGAUACGUCCUCGUCUUCUGACGAUUUUGCCAUACCAUUCAAACCUCCACCAAGACGAGCCUUCACGACUCCUAUUAUAAGAAAACGGCCACCAAAUUUGCCACUUCCCAUGAGUUCGUCGCCCGUUCUACCAGGAAUCAACCUAAAAUGUAGUCCGGAACCCAUACUUGACAGCAGUAUCGAUAGUCUGACCGAUCACUCUCCGAGUCAGAUUAUCUUCACAGACGACGAAGCUAAGAACAACAUUGAACCGAAAAAUCUACUUGGGAUGUUUGAUGCGGCCAGUGAUGAAGAAGAUUAGUUGUGAUUUCGCUCGUCCUGCAUUUAUUGUGAUGAAGUCAAUCAUAGUGCUUACGAAUCAUUCCGCAGGAAAACCCAACAUGGUGGUGUUACUUCAGCAGAAUACUCGAAAUAACACACUUAGUGCUCUUCUCUAGUUUGUUCCACACAAACAUCAUUCCUGAUUUUUGUCUUCUCAACUGACAUCUUCUAUUACAAUGAGGGUUUUUUUGGUAUUUUAUUUACCCAUGAAACAUGGGAGUAAACACAUGCUAUUGGAAAAUAAUGCAUAUAUAUUCUAUAUUUUUUAAUACGAUUAAAGAAUACUGUAAAAUGGCAUGUUCAUUAUUGAAGUCAAAAGUUGAUGUGUUCCAGGUAUGAUGUCAUGUAUGGUGAAUUGUAAUAUUGAAUGCUCAAAAACUGGAAACAGAUACCCAGAGUGUUUGACUGUAUAAAGACAAAAACUAAUACUGAGAAUGAUUAAAUCAUACGAACCAAUCAUAAUUUCAUCAACGGUAUGUACGCUAGCAAUGAAUGAGUAUUGAUAACAAUAAGAAAACCCCCAUUAUCUCUCAGAUUAGCCACUUAAUACAAUAUUGUUUUGCAAUAAGCAGCAUUUUAGGUGUUAGGUUGGUGUUUUUAUCCUCUUCUUUUUUCGGUGGAGGGGGUUAAUAAUUAAUAGUAACAGUUGAACUUGUAAUACAAGGCCCCAUUUACAAAGCGAUCCUAGCACUAGGAUCACCUUAAGUGCAUAAGGUAGAUGAAACUGUUAUCCCCUAAAAUUAAUUGCUUCAGUUUUCAAGUAUAUUUUUGUAUGUAUGUGUGUGUAUGUGCUUAACUUGGGUAUCCAGUUUGUGUGGACAUGGAUUCGAAUUUGUAUCUAUGCAAUUAUCUUCUCACUGCCAUACCACUGUGUGUUCACUGAAAUGUGGUGCUAGAUGAAAACAAUUGAAAUUACUGUUGUCACAUGACAAAACCUCACUUUUGCAUUUAAUGCUUUUGUCAAUAGUUGAUUGUAUGUAUGAAAGCGCACAACACUGUUUAUUGUUAAUAUUUGUUACAGUUACUUAGAUGAACAAUGAUGUGAAGGAAAAGCUGAUGUUUAUAGACUUUGUUACUCAUUAUCAGCUAAUUUAAUUUCAACAAUGUAAAACAAUAAGUAUUGAAUGUAAUAAAAUAUGUUUAUGAAAUGUACUUUGUGACUAGUAUCUUAAGAUAUGUUCUAGUAUCAUUUGGAAAAGAACCAUGGUUUUCACCCUUAUUUUUGCAUGAUAAAACCUAUAUCUUAAGCUGUAACCUUUUUGUUUUUCAUAUAUUGGUGCUGGGCAGUCAGUUGGAUGGUUAUUUUUUUGACAUACAAAUUACUUUGAGUAGUUGGUCAUUUGAGCGGUGUAUAAUAUGUUAACUUGAGAUAAAAAGAAAGUGAAAAGUGCUAAGAAUCUGUACAUAUACUGUGUAAAUGUGUUUGGAGAAAAUGGACAUUUCAGGGUUUUAUUUUACAACGGUUUUGAGUAGAUCAUUGGGUGGCUUCAGUCAAGUCGUGAGACUACGGAGCUGAGCUCUCAUUUAAUGUUUACAUAAGUUCUUUCAAAAAUUUAAAAUGUGUUUUCACAAAAUUUUGUGAAAAUACAUUUUAAAAUUGAUUUAAAAGAUUGAAUAAUGGAAAACCAAUUUAAUGUUGAUUUAUAAUUGGUUCAGUUUUUAUGUUAGUAAUUUGAGUAGAAAAGAUCUUAUUAAAAAAUCUAUAAUGUCUGAGGGGGGAAAUGUUCCCUUUUAUGAUAGGGUAUGUGCUUUAAUCUAUUGAACUGCUUCAAUAAUAUUUCUGUUAUUUGUCAUUUAAAACAUUUUUUGGUUAAUAUUUCUUAAAAUUAACAGUGAUUACAAUAUAUAAAUAAAAAAAGUUGUUUCUCCAAAGGUUCUCAUCAGUUUAAUAAUUUUUCUUUAUUAACAAUAUAUAUCUUCCUUCUGUUUUUUUUUCAUUUCUUUCUGGAACUAUUCAUUUUAAAUUUCUCGCAUGGAAUUAUCAGAAUAGUAAUGGAUUGCUCCUCUACUAAUUCUAAAUCAAGAGACCUGUAUUUAUAGACAAGUUUGAAUCUGUUCAGUUUUCAAGGUUUUCUUACAUUUUUCAGUUUUAAUAGAUUUGCAUUCAGUGGUCAAACUUUAAAAUAACAAAAUACUGUGGAAAAAAUGUGAUGCUGCUGGUUGGUGUUAUUCACACUUUAAAUACUUUGCGAUAAGAAUGAUGUUUAAUAAAUAACAUGACACCUUUAUUAAUUUUGUACUUGUUUAAAUAAACUGAAAAAGUAAUUAACACUA